AUGUCCGCCUCAAAUGCCUACCCAGUCCCUCCACCUUCCUACUCCUCCGCCCCGUCAAUCAAGAAACCCGCCUACGGCGCCACCGCCGGCUCUUCCGACCAAGCCGCGAGCGAACCGUUGUUGGCGGGCGAGGGGGAGGCGGCGAGGAAUGCGUGGAGUGAGGAGGACGAGUUGGAGGGUGAUUUCAAGAUUGGGGUCACGGUCUCGCAGAGCUCGCAGGAUGUGAGGAACGACUUUGUCAAGAAGGUCUAUUCGGUCUUGUUCCUCCAGAUCCUCGGCACGACCCUCAUCGGCUGGCUCAUGUCCUCGAACGAUUCGAUCGUCUCCUGGACGCGCGAACACUCCGGCCUGAUGCUCCUCCCCUCGCUCGGCGCAAUCGGCGCCAUGAUCGGCGUCUACUUCAAGCGUCACUCCUCGCCCGCCAACAUCCUCCUCCUCGGCCUCUUUACCGUCCUCGAGGCGAUCACGCUGGGAAGCGUCGUGUCGUACUUUAAUCAGGCGGUCGUGUUGCAGGCGCUCGUGAUCACGACGUUUGUCUUCCUCGGUCUCACGCUCUUCACGCUCCAGUCCAAAUACGACUUCUCCUCGAUGGGAACCUACCUCUACACCUUCCUCCUCGUCUUCUUCUUCACCGGCCUCGUGGGGAUCUUCAUCCCCUACAACCGCACCUUCGACAUGGUCAUGGCCGGAGCCGGGUGCUUGUUGUUCUCGGCCUACAUCGUCUUCGACACGCACAUGUUGUUCCAGCGCCUCCAUGUGGACGAUUGGGUCGUCGCGUGUGUCGCGCUCUACCUCGACAUCGUCAACCUCUUCCUCCAGAUCCUCCGCCUCCUCUCGGACGUCCAGGAGCGCUAA